UGUCACAACUGACUGACGUUACAAAUUUCAAUUAAUUUUUUCUAUAUUUUUGUUCAAGGGUCAAAAUAAAAAAGCUUUAAAACAUGUCGGGUUUUGGAGACAAUUUCGAUCAUGGAGAUGUUGAUCCAGCGGCUGAUUUCCUGGCUCGAGAACAAGACGAAUUAGCCGGGCUGGAAGAUGAAGUUAAACCUGCAGCAGUGGUAUCCACCCUUGGUAAUGGUGACGAUCCCGCCCACUCAGCAGGCAGUUUUGAAAUUAUUGAUAAUUUUGAUCAAGAAGGAGAGAUAAAAAAUGACCUUUUCUCUGAUGGCAAUGGUUUUGAUAUAAAAAGUGAACCCAUAGAUGAUGAUAUUUUUGGUGUUGAACCCAGAUCUAUCCCCGACAUUUAUUCUGGAUCUGCUGCUCCAUCUGGUAUAUCUCCUCCAAUAUCUCUUAGUCAGCCUAGAGAAGAACCAGAAAAAAUUAAAAAAUGGAGGGAAGAACAAGUAAAACGACUGGAAGAAAAAGAUCGAGAAGAAGAAAAGAAAAAGGAGGAACUCAGGCAAAUUGCGAAAAAAGAGUUAGAAGAUUGGUACAAAAACCAUGAGGAGGCCAUUGCCAAGACUAAAGCUGCUAAUAGGAACGCAGAGAAGCAAUUUGUUGCUGAAGACGAUGAGAUUCAGCCAGGAACCGAAUGGGAAAGAAUUGCCAAGCUGUGUGAUUUCAAUCCUAAGGCCAAGCCUGGUAGCAAAGACGUAUCUAGAAUGCGUUCUAUAAUUCUUCAAAUGAAACAAAAUCCCGUUCAAAUCAAGAACAAAGCCUAAAUAAAUAAGUGCCAGGUGUGGACGUGCGGUACUAGGAUAAAUAUUUUAGUAUUAAUGGCGACGGCUUUCAAUUAAAUAUUGGAAAUUAUUAAAAUUGAUUUUUUUUUCAAUCUAAAUUCCUUGAAUUGUUAUUAGAAAAAACUUUACAUUCCGACUAAUUACUUUGUUAUCUAAAAGUCGCCCGAUUGUUGCUUUACAAACAUUAAUAGCAGUAAGAUAACAAUGUUUGUUUAUUAUUAAGUGAACACAGUGUAUUGCUAUUUAAUUAUUGUUUUUUUAAAUGCAUAGAUGUAUAAAUAUAUAUUGUUUAGGAAAUAUUAUGAUUGAAUUCUAAAA